AUGAUUGUGCGGGAGAGCCCCAAGUCAAAAGUCAAGAACAACCAGCCCAACUGGCCCCCGCAGUCGCCCGUCGAAGCCCUUCUCAGCUCGCCAUCCGGCCGUAAGAGGUACGAGAGCCGCCGCCAGCGCGACUCAGCAUCGCCAUCCCCCUCGAAACGCCGCCCAAUGUCGCGCGGAGGUGUGCCAGCCGGCAGCGAUGGAGAGGAGGAUGAGGAGACACUCCAGCUGCAACUCCAGGCCAUCGAGGCCAAGCUGAAGCUGAAGGCGCUGCAGAAGAAGAAGAACGAGUCCCAGGAUCUGGAUCGCAAUGGAGCGUCAUCACGAGCGAGCAUGGCCACCGGCAUGCGCAGAAUCGACCUGCCGCGGCCCGAGACCAGGCAAGAGACCGACGUCGAGGUACCGCGAUCACCAGUCCGGAUGCGACAAGCGCCAACCGAGCCGAAGAGUCCUGCGCGCGUCAUGCUGGGCAUAGACAAGGGACUCACAGCCCGCGACGUUAGUCUCAAGCGGCCGGGAAGUGCUGUCAGCGGGCGCAUGUCGCGGCUGGGCUCGUCGAAAGAGGUCGAGCCGCCCAAGAUCAAGUCCUUCAGUGAGCGCAUCGCAGAGAGCAGGAACAAGGAGAAGGAGCGUGAAGAGAAGGAGGACAAGGCUGAACAGAGACGGAGUAGGGGGUUUGGGCUGCAGAACAUCGAAGCGCUGAAAGACCGGCCGUCGCUAUCACGAACCAGCUCAUCUCAGAGUACCGAUACCAAGACUUCACGCGACAUGCCUCCGCCGGCCCUGAGGAAUCACAGCCGAACGCAAAGUCUACAGAACCGUACAUUUGGGGGUCCGCCCACUCCAAGACCAGGCUCCACAUUGUCUUUCAGGCCCGAAAGCUCACGCCCGACCUCGUCCUCUUCCAAGGCCACGUCUAGCAGCUUUGGCUCAACUCCGACAGCCACAAAAUACGCCGAGAUCUCGUCGCGCGACGAAAGCGCCGAUGCUCCUAGUUUCGAAUCGUUCUCUGGUCUCCACCUCAAGUCGAGGGAAAUGCAACACAAUGUAGUCACGCGCACGCUGGAAGGCAAGACGGUCUUGACAAUACCUCAACUGCUGAAAACCGUCAAGGCGCCAGAAUACGAUCCGCCAGAUUGGGAGAACGACUAUGUUGUUCUUGGGGUUAUCUGCUCCAAGUCGACACCGCAAAACUCCAAGAACGCAGCAAAGGACCAGACCAAGGGCAACCAGGACAAGAACUUGGACCAGAACGGCAAGUUUAUGGUUAUUCGUCUCACGGAUCUCAAAUGGGAGCUCGAUCUCUUCCUGUUCGACACUGGCUUUUCGCAAUUCUGGAAACUCCCUCUUGGUACACUAGUCGCCAUACUCAACCCCGAUAUCAUGCCACCACGGAACCGCGAUACCGGCAAAUUCUCGCUGAAGUUGUCAAGUUCUGACGACACCAUCCUUGAACUUGGUACAGCGCGAGAUCUAGACUUCUGCCAUGCACAACGGAAAGACGGCAAGGAGUGUGGUCAGUGGAUCGACGGUCGCAAGACCGAAUUCUGCGAGUUCCACAUCCAACUUCAGGUGGACAAGGCCAAGAAAGGCCGCAUGCAAGUCAACACCAUGACCGGGUUUGGCGGAGGUCCAGGCGGCGGCAUGUUUGGCCGACGCGGUGGCCCGAAAGGUGAUGAACUCAAGAGGGAAGGCAAGUAUCACGACCGAGAACUCCACGAGACCGUCUACAUUGCACCACGUCCCGGCGGCGCAGCCAAACUCAUCGACCGCGACCACCAAAACUGGGAAGGCGGAGCAGGCCGAGAGGACCGCUUCCGCAAGCAACUAGCCGAAAAAGAGAAGGAAAGAGAACUAGCAAAGAAGCUCGGCACGAUGGGAGAUGGCAGUACCGGAGGCGACUACAUGAAGCUCAAGGGUGCUGGUACCCAGAACCUCCCCGCAAGAGGCUACACAUCGUCGCAAGGUUCCUCAGGCGCAAAGCCUGACAAGCCAGCCGACGUAGACUUUACCAGUCUACUUAACCGUACGUCAGCCGAUGUUUCUUUGGCGCCUGUUAAACGUAAACGAACAGCAUCGGCGAAAUCAUCCAACUCGAGCGACCCCGUCGGCUGGGGCUUCAAGUACGGCCGUAUCCCAUCACCGAAGAAGGAUACUUCUUUCCCUUCUGCAUUCCGCGGUACACGCGAAGCCAGUCCAGCGAAGAAGAAGGCGCGUCUCUUGCUAGCCGGAAAAGGCAUCCGCGAGCCAGGCCGCGAGAGUCUCGGCGGUCUCGACGCUGGUCUUAUUGCUGCCAUGGACGACGACGACGAUGACGAUUUGGAAGUUGUUUAA